AUGUUGUCGGCUGCUCCACCAAAACACCGUUUCGGGUUCCGAGUGUUUGUAGCUUCUUGUAUUUUCACAACAGUUACGAUUUUCGCGGUGAUGUGGGAUGAGCGACGGCAGAAAGAACGAAGACAAGAAGGCGUGAAAUACAGAUUAAACGCCAUUCAACAACACGCCAAUAUGGAAGAAUAUGAGUUACAGAAGAAGCGAUACGAAGAGUACAAAAAUGCAAAUUCAUGA